GGCUGUGAAGGGAUCGAGAUAACAGUAAACAACAAAGUAGGUGAAAGGUUAGAUUUCGGCCACAGGGGGCGCUAGUGCUUCUGGAAUACAAAUCAAAACGAAAAAGAGGGAAACCGCGGAAGACCCUCACGGCGACCAACUUGAGUGUAGCCAGGGCGUUUGGGCUCUGCAGCCAGUCGGUCAUCAGGGCCAUGUCGUCGUCAGCCGGUCCAACCCCCCCUUACACCACCCUGGCCAUCAGCCGGCCAGCACAGGAUGUCACGCAUGUGGAGCUUCACCGUCCUAACAAGCGCAACGCCAUGAACAAAGCUUUCUGGAGUGAGAUGGUGGACUGCUUUAACGAGAUCUCCAAUGACCCAGACUGCAGAGUGGUGGUGUUCUCUGCCGCAGGGAAGGUUUUCACAGCGGGCAUUGACCUGAUGGACAUGGCUGGUGACAUACUGCAGCCUCACGGUGACGACACGGCACGCAUUUCUUGGAACAUUAGGAAGACUAUCUGCAAGUUCCAAGAUACUUUUUCAGUCAUAGAGAGGUGUCCAAAGCCAGUGGUAGUGGCUGUCCAUGGCGCUUGUGUGGGAGGAGGUGUCGACCUGAUCACCGCCUGUGACAUCCGCCUGUGUACCCAGGAUGCCUGGUUCCAGGUCAAGGAAGUUGACAUCGGACUCGCAGCAGAUGUGGGAACUCUGCAGAGGCUCCCGAAAGUCAUUGGCAGUCGCAGCCUGGUCAAUGAGUUAGCUCUGACUGCAAGGAAGAUGUACGCAGAUGAGGCCAAGAGCAGUGGACUGGUCAGCCGCGUGUUUGCAGACAAGGAGGCGAUGAUGACUGGCGCACUGGAACUGGCCGGAGAGAUUGCUGCUCGCAGCCCCGUUGCUGUGCAGGGAACCAAAGUGAACCUGGUCUACUCCAGAGACCACAGUGUGGCAGAGGGCCUCGAGUACAUGGCUGCGUGGAACAUGAGCAUGCUUCAGACUGAAGAUUUGAUGAAGUCUGCUCAGGCCUCCAUGGAGAAGAAGAACAUCAAGACUGUCACUUUCUCCAAACUAUGAGCCUGCUAACAGCUGCCUUCUGUCCCAAAGAUAUGAACAUUUUGGGUGAGAAACUCAUUACUAAACAAAAAGUGCAUGUAACUUUUAUGCACAGUAAGGUAAACCAGCAGUAUGUCAGUUUCCUAAGUGUGGGUAGCUGCAAAGUGCAUUUCUCAAAAAGAUGAGCCAAAUUCAGUGGCCUGAUUUAACCUCUAAAUCAAGUAUUGUUUUUCAUCUUCAUUAAUGUAAAAUACAUGUGAAUGUUAUUCAUCUAUUAAAAGCUUUUGAAAGUUCAA